AUGAAUUUCAGACUUUCGAUUGCGAACGAGAGAUCCAGAUUCUUGAGCGCGACAUACGACAACAGAAAGGAAUCAAGUUUUGGGGAAAUUCCUCGGCACGCCCAGGAAGGAGCGUGCUUUUUCCGCAGAAUUUGCCGAGCCGCCCGAUAUUUCCAAUCGUGGCAUUUCAUGACGAUAUCAAAUUUGAGCCGCCAACAAUACUGA